AGAGGCAGCGCGUCAACACGAUCCGUCGUCUGCACCUGUCAAAGCGAUCCUUCCUCAGGCUCUCUCGAAUGAUGUUGCGUACGGUCGGUACGUCGUGAGAUUUUUUUACGAAACAAUCAUGUCGUAUUUGACGGGAGGUAGACUGAACGUCGGGCUGAUUCAGGAACAGGCGAGGAAGCGAUUGCUUUGCCUGCUGGAGAAGUGCGAUGGCCCGAAGGCUAUCAUAUGGGAUCAGUCGUUGGCCGGACCGAUCGGUCUUGUCGCCAAGUACAAUUUGCUGGAGGAGUACGGUGUUGUGAAGAUGUACCCGCUGUACGGCGGGACUUUGACAAUGCCGUCUAACAUUGCUAAUGUCAUAUUUAUCUCGAGGCCACAGUUGGAGCUUAUGGACCUGAUUGCCGAGAAUGUUCACGGAGAAGAGGGCAAGAGGCCGCGUAAGGAAUUCCACUUGUUCUUCGUGCCACGCAAGAGCCUUCUUUGUCAAAAGAAGCUCCAGAAUCGCGGUGUCUUCGGCAGCUUCACGCUGAUAGAAGAAUUCAAAUGCGAUCUCUUCCCGUUCGACAACGAUCUGCUGUCGAUGGAACUGAGCGGAUCCUUCAAGGAAUUCCACCUGGAGAACGAUCCCACUUGUCUGUAUCAAGUCGCGCAGGCCAUACAAGGCCUACAAAAGUUGUACGGCAAAAUCUUGAAAGUCACGGGAAGGGGACCGGCCGCCAGCAAGGUUUGGGAAUUGCUGGAGAGGCUGAAUAGAGAAGAGGAAGAUAAUAAAUCGCUCCCUGUGUCGUCCGUUGCCAUCGAACACUUAUUGUUGCUGGACCGAUCUGUAGAUUUGCUCUCACCCUUGGUUACACAGUUGACCUACGAGGGCUUAAUCGACGAAAUAUAUGGAAUAAAAUACAAUACUGUGCAAUUACCCGCAAGAAAAUUCCACGACUCCGACGACUCUCCCACCGCGAUGUCGCUGAACGAUAAGGAGCAAAUCAUAUUGAAUUCAGGAGAAGAACUUUUUGCUGAGAUCAGAGAUAAAAAUUUCAACGGCGUUGGCCCAGUUCUUAGUAAGAAAGCCAAGGUGAUUUCAUCUCAGUUUGACGAAAGACACGGGGACAAGAGUGUGCAAGAAAUUAAGCAGUUCGUCGCGAGAUUACCACACAUGCUAGCGACAAAGCAAUCUUUAGCAAGGCACACCACGAUCGCCGAGAUGAUUAAGGAGGUGACCGAUUCGAGCAACUUCCUGGAAUCAUUGCAAGUCGAGCAAGAACUGUUAAAUUGCAUCGACACGGACAAGCCGAAUGCGUACAUCGAGGACAUGAUAGCGCAGCAGCAGCCGUUACUCAAAGUUUUGCGUCUCCUGUGCAUACAAUCGUUGACGAACUCCGGCUUGAAGCCGAAGCUACUGGAUUACUAUAAGAGAGAAAUAAUUCACACGUAUGGAUACCAACAUUUGCCAACUUUGUUGAAUCUGGAAAAGGCUGGCUUGUUAAAGCAGCAGCAGUCGGUGCGACAAUACGCAGUUCUGAGGAAAGCGUUGAGAUUAACUGUCGAGGACGAGAGUGAAAUAGCACCGAAGGACAUCAGUUACGUACAUUCCAUAUACGCACCACUGAGCGUGAGACUGGCGGAGCAACUGGUGCAACCGAACGGAUGGCAGGGGUUGAACGACGUGAUGGGAUUAUUGCCAGGCCCCACCGUAAGCAGCGUCCCGUACAAUAUAUCCUCAGUAGCAAGACGAAAUUCUAUUGCAAGCGAAGACUCCAGUUCGGAACCACCGAAAUUAAUUCUAGUAUUUUUCAUCGGUGGCUGCACUUUCGCCGAGAUAUCUGCACUACGGUUUUUAUCGCAACAGGAAGAUCUAAAUGUCGAGUUUGUUGUGGGAACUACUAGACUAAUCAAUGGCGACACGUUUCUCACUUCUUUGAUGGAAGAUCUGGAGCGCACGUGAGAAGAGAAUCGCUUAAAUAAAAAGUAUUGAAAUAGGAUAUUCAAUAUUUUUCAUGUGAUAAAGUAAACUCUGUACAUAAUAUAUAUUU